AAUUUAUUAUCAUAAUUAGACAGUAUGGUGAGGUUCCUGUAAGAUAAUGUUAAAAUGCUGACACAUGGAGACUGAUAAACUGAACAACUUAAAUGUCCUUCCUCUGAAUAUUACAUGUGAAAGUUUUGUAGCCCCAUCCGAAGAAGACAACAACGCAGAUAAGCAGAUACGUUUAGAUACAACAGAUCACAACAUAGACAAAAAAGUUUGCAAGCCAUCUGAAGACAAACAAAACUUCAGGGAUUUGUUGCAAGAUCGAGUUCUGAAACGUCUCCAGGAGAAAUCCGAAUAUGGGAAAAGAAAUGUCAACUCUCCUGAGAGCAAAACUGAUCCUCCACUGAAACGACAUUUUUCAAAUGAAGACCUCUGGAAACGUGUUGAGGGCCGUGUAGCAGCUAAAAAAGCAACAUUAGCAGAAAAAGAUGACACAUCAGUGACUGAUAGUGGUAUAAUCAAUGAUUCAAGAUCAAACCAAGAGAAAUCCUUGCGAUCAAGUUCUUCUGAGGACAUCAAAACCAGAAUCAGAUCUAUGAGCAAAGCAAUAGGUUUGGCAUCGAGUAUACAAAAUCAAAUCAAGUCUAAUGAUUUCGAUAGAGACAACUCUAGUCAGCAACAGCCUAAGAGAAGUAGCAACUCACAUCUGCAUCAGCCUUCUGAACUCCUAAACACAAACAGAUUCGGUCUUGGUUUGGAGCAAGCUAGCAGUGUUUACGAAGAAACACUUAGCCAGGGACGGUUCAUGGAGGACGAUUAUUUCAGCUUACCGAGUGUUGGUAGUACACAAAGUCUCUUCUCAAAUAUCUCGGAGUACCGGACCUUUGUCCCUGAUAGAACAGAGGAUGCUCUGGGGAACUUUCUACAGUGUCAUAGCAACAUCCUACAAGAUAAAGAUGAAGAACCGCAAGUUCUUACUGAGGACAAACUUAUUCUGUUUGCCACCGAGCUGUCUAAAUUCAUGAAAGAAGUUAUCCCUGACCCGAUGUUCCACACUGAAGAAGUUACCCCAGUGGGUACUCCAGAGUGUCUCACUCCACGUGCCACCACCCCAACUAACAUACCACGUGACAUACCACGUGACAUACCACGUGACAUACCACGUGACAUACCACGUGACAUACCACGUGACAUACCACGUGACAUACCACGUGACAUACCACGUGACAUACCACGUGACAUACCACGUGACAUACCACGUGACAUACCACGUGACAUACCACGUGACAUCCUACAGGGAGUAAGCCCAGUUAUCUUGAGGGUCCCUGAAUCUCCAGUAAUGAGGGAAUCUUCUUGUCAGUACAGUUCAGAUGAUUUGGAUGGGAUGGAGCUUUCAGUUCAGGAAACUUCAAAUUGUUGUGACCCGAGCCCUGCUGUGUCGCUGACCGAUGCUGACUGUCAAACUAGCAUAGUGUUCGAGGAAAGGAAUAACAAUGCCAGUUAUUCGUCUAGAGACACUAGCACUGAGGAUUUGGAGCUUCAAAAGAUAAAAUCUCGUGAGGAGAUCUCAGUUCAGUGUUCGGACACUGAAAUUAUGUUCAGUUUCCAAGAGGAAGGACCGAAAACGGAAAGUACUGGGAAUGAAGGGGGAGCUACAGAGUUAUUGUCGGAUGCCAAGGAAGAGAGUUUGCUGACUGAAAGUGAUGAUAAAAUCUUGGAUUUAUCGAAUUUAUCCGACACAAAUAAGCACGAGGAACUUUCUAUAACUAGGAUAGUUCCCGACUGUUACUCCCAGGCUGGUUUGGAAACAUUGGAUGGGAGACAGGAGUUUGAUCACAUAUUUGUAACUAACACUGAUUACACAAAACCUGAUGCAGUUGAUCGGUACGUCUCUCCGGUAGAGAAUGUGGACAAGGAAUGUGAGCGAGGUGUAACACAAACAAAGGAACUAGAUGACUGCUCGGGUGAUAUGUCUGCAAAAAAGAAGAUCCUGAAAAACUUGACAGAUGGAAAUCUUUUGUUCACAAGAACGGACUGUUCAACACCAAUCACUGCGAGAUCCUAUCUACAAACACCAGUGUCACACAGAUCUUAUCUGCAAACUCCUACUGAGAAAUCUUUCUCCUCCGAGGCCGAGAUAGUAGAAAGUGAGGGUGUCACUACAAUUAACAUACCGUGCGAUGGAACUACACAGCCAGACGGGUCAAACAUUCAGGUGAUGGUUAACUUCUGGUCUCAAGAUGGCACAGCUCAUCCUGCUCCUCCGCAUCAACACAACCACGAUUGUGCACUGACUUGUAACAGUUUACCACAAUUCAAAGAAGCCGAGGUGGACGCCCUCCUUCAGACUCUAAACUAUGAAGAUGAAGAUAAAAAAGAGAAGAUGAGGAAGCUUCUAGAAGAUCUAGAUUCGGAACACCUUCAAAACACAGCUCACAAAACUUUAUCAGACUCUGACAGCGAUACUCCGCACUCCACACCACGUGACAUUACAAGAUCACGUGAUCACACUCCGACCAAUAAUAACCCUCUCCCAUCCAUCAUGGACGAGUACUCACUGCUCCUUCAGGAGGGCCUGCUGCAAUCACCUCCUGAUUACUUUACAGACAGUAUCUUACCUGGAGACGUGUAUCUACCCCCUGAGAUUAGCGACUCCUGUGAUGAUAUUUCCCUGCCCAGCGUACCCUCAUAUUUUGACAUUCCAGAUACCACCGUGGAGGACAUUUCAGACAUUGAUGAUGACGUCAUGACACGUCAUGACGUCAUGACACCACGUGGUAUAGCAUUUGAUGACGUCAUAACACCACGUGGUAUAUCAUUUGAUGACGUCAUAACACCACGUGUUAUAGCAUUUGAAGACGACGGAACCUCAAGUGAUCUGCAACAAAGUGUUAUCGACUCCAGUUUCGGUAGCUGCGACACAGUGAUCCUAAACACAGCGCUACAAUGUGACAUUGAAGCCGCCCUAAGUCGAGUCGAAUGUGACAUAUCCUCCAAACCAACCCAAACCCUAGCUCAUGACGUCAUAACACCACGUGGUAUAGCAUUUGAUGACGUCAUAACACCACGUGUUAUAUCCUCCAAACCAAUCCAAACCCUAGCUCUCCCCUUCAGACUUGUCAAGUUCCUCCCUGUUGAGGAGUAUAAAAACAGUCCUGUAAGUGACAAUGGGGAAGUGGAGGUACACGGUAAUAAUAUAGCGGUACAGGUGGAUAUGUCGCCAGGGUUUGAGGUGUCAAGUUGUUUUCAUAAUGUUAGACAGGAACUGAAGUGGUUGGAUCAUGAAACACAGUUUCAAGCUAAGGUUAUUGAUCGCCAUGUUAUUUGUUAACUUUAUAACUUGUUGAUAGCAUGUGUUAUUUUAACAGAAUAUCUGGUAUGUUUACAGAGUAUAAAAUAUAAGAUGCAGAUAACCACAAGUUUCUUAAUUCUCCAUUAUUUCAAAAUAUAAUGACUGUGUUUUGUGUCGACUUUUUACUUUCUGAAGGUACUUUCAAUCUUAAAUUGUCUAGAAUUAAUCGUAUGAGAGGUGUCCUUUUUUUUUCUCUCGGAAAAACUUAAAUCGAUUUUUAAUAUUUUUUAAACCUUUACAUACCUUAGACGAUAGUUCACCAAAACACCCAUAGUUACGGGUACAGAACAGUAGGUGGGAUAACACUGCUACGUUCUACGGUAGAAUGAGACAAAAUGAGACAAUGUGAUUCCACCAUGAUACUGUCCACCCUUUUAUAAAAGUUCCGCCUUACCCUCCUUUAGAGUCUCCGUCGUAGUUUCCGGUUCCCCUUCGUUAUGAGAAAUUGUGACCUACAGUUUGACUGAUGAUCCUAAUAUUUCUGACAAGCAUUCUUUUAACUAAUUUUUAUAUACAAUUUCUGUUUAACCUCUCCUUACUAAUCGAUACUUCUUGUACAGUUUUACUAACGAGUUAUGUAUAUCUAUGUUUAUACGAGACGUUACAAUUUUUCAC